AUGUCCCUGUUUCCUGAUCGUACGUUAGUGCGCCCUCAUUGCUAUGGCAAGGACAAACGCGUGCUGGCGUCGAAACCGGUUUGUCUGACUCAGAGAGGGUCUCUGCUCAAGCUCACCUCUCUCCCGUCGCUAUCCUCGGUGGUGAAAGGCUCCUUGGCCUGGGCCGGUGACAGAUGGUGGUAUGGCUCCCCCGGGAACGAUCGUUCCAGUGACAACCGAAGGGGGAUUACCAGCAAGGAGGACCGCCGCCGGUCUCUGUAUUUCAAGAUGCACAAUGCCGUAUCUUAUGAGGAGUGGAAAGACUGCGCGUGCAGGUUGGACGAGCUGGAGGACAACGAAACCUGGAAGAAUAUGUUCGAGUGCUCGGAAUAUGAUCCUCAGCUGGUCCAAGAACGCCUCAAGCAGCUCAAAGAUGCGCGCGCUAGCUGCGAUGUCAGUCGCAUGCUGUAUCUCAUUCGGACCUCCCUGAGUCGAGACUUGGGCAACAUGUCCAAUACUUCCCUUUACAGCCACUCUCAUGUUGGCACCAAGGCGUUGAUCGAUCGAUACAUCACCGAGGCGGUUGGUACAAUAUCGACGCUGGUGGAGCUGUCUGGAAAGAAUCGAUGUGAUGGGUUAGAAUUGCGGCAUAUUCUUGACCAGCUUCUAGCGGCCAGACAAGCCUUUGGUCGAAGCGCUUUGUUAUUCUCUGGCGGGGGAACGUUUGGGAUGUACCAUAUUGGGGUGCUCAAGGCUCUCUGGCAGGCGAAGCUUCUUCCUCGCAUUAUGUCAGGCGCUUCAGCAGGCAGCAUUGUUUGCUCUGUUUUCUGCACUCGCACAGACGACGAGAUUCCCGAGCUCUUGGAAACAUUCGCUUAUGGGGAUUUUGAUGUUUUUGGAGAGGAAAAUCCAGCAGAAAAUGCCCUGCAGAAGAUAUCGCGGUUCUUAAAGCAUGGGACCUUCAUGGAUAUACAACACCUGGCCCAGUUUAUGAGAGGCUGGUUGGGUGAUAUUACCUUCCAAGAAGCAUACAACAGAACGCGCAAAGUUCUCAACAUCUGUGUCUCCAGUGCUGGGAUUUACGAGCUACCCAGGCUACUGAAUUAUAUCACGGCUCCUAAUGUGCUCAUCUGGUCUGCCGUGGCCGUUUCCUGCUCAGUCCCCCUAGUGUUCUCACCCUUUAUGCUCAAAGCGAAGGAUCCCGAGACCAGUGAAGUAAUUCCUUGGUAUGACCUCCACCGGCAAUAUAUCGAUGGGUCUGUCGAUGGCGAUCUACCAAUGACGCGCUUGUCAGAAAUGUUCAACGUGAAUCAUUUCAUCGUGUCGCAGGUCAAUCCCCACGUUAUUCCUUUUCUUCCAAAGAACAACAAUCCAAGUCCAAGGGAGGGAAACCCUUCGUCCGCUCCAAGUUGGGUCCAUACUAUGACGCAACUUGCUAAAGAUGAAUUGUUGCAUCGGAUGACGGUACUGUCCGAGCUGGGCUUCUUUCCGACUUCCCUCAGUAAAACUGUUUCUAUUGUCAAUCAGAAAUACUCAGGAGAUAUCAAUAUAUAUCCCGAGGUACGGUACACCAACCUUCCUCGGAUACUAAAAAACCCGACGACGGAAUUUAUGCUUGAGGCGUGUCUCAGCGGGGAACGCGCAACCUGGCCCAAGAUCCGAGAGAUUCGAAAUCACUGUGCCAUCGAACUCGCUUUGGACUCGGCGAUCCAGAAAAUGCGGGCCAGAGUCACCUUCAGUCCUAGCCAGGUCGACUUGAGAAUCCUUGGCCUUUCCAAGCAUCGGGCAGAGGCUGUUGGCCACACUGGAAAGAGAGGACAGUGGCUGAACCGAAGAAGCUCGUAUGGGCAUGAAGUUGAAAAGUCCAAGAAGGUGACUGGCCAGACUCUGAAGCCAGAGCUGAGAAGAACCUGUAGCGCCGUAUCCUCGGAUCAGCAAAUGAGCCACACUUCACCAGAUCGUUCGACUGAGGAACGGGCCGAUAACCAUCAGAGAUUCUUUCCUUUCAUUAACGAUGAGUGGUCCCUCACAGAUUCUGACAGCGAUGAUGACUCACAACUGCCAUCCCUCGAACGACCCAGACUGAUGGGACAGCCAGCUUCUUGGGAACCGACUUCUCACGACCAUUCCUUCCACCGGCCUGUUCCGCAUCGCAUAUCGUACGCAAGGCAGUCAUCCGCAGGUGCAUUUUAUUUGUGUCCUCCCCACCCGGUGAAUGUUCCCUCUUCCUUGGAUCAUACAUUGUCCACCAAACCGAUAUCAGCUUCCCAAAGCCACAUACUUCGAAUGACGCCCACUGGAGCCUACGGUUCCCCCUACACAUCGCUCCACCACAAAAAUUGA